GCAGCACCCGUACUCUGCCCGUUCCCCCCGAGGUGUAACCAUCCAUUCCUCGGUGCCCCCCUCCCCAUCACUAUGUCCACGUCAAUAUGUCUCUUUCCUGUCAUCUGCGGGCCCAUCGCGUCACCCUUGGGGUCUUCACUACCUCCCCCCCUGACGUUACGCUGUCUCGACUGCUGUGCUUCGCGCAGAGAUGCGCAUCGGCAUACCAAGCCUUCUAUGCCUUCUCGAAGCACCACUUCGGCAACAUAUCGAGGCAGCAGCAGCGCGUUGGGAGGGUUUCUCACGCCAGCCACUCCCACUCCAUCGACGUGCACUUCCAGUGGAAUGGACGUUGUUGCGAAGCGCUUAGUGAGCCCAGCCUGGCUUGUGGCAGCGACACAAGACAGCGCCUGUACAGGCACCCCUUCCCCUCCACCGGUGCAAGCACGGGCUCUGUCACAGCAGCUCGGACUGUCUUUUGGCUCUGCGCCGCCACCACAACCGCAUCAAGGGGAAGUGUCGCCGCGUAGGUUGGCAUGGUGGGCCUUGUCUCUGCAUAUUCCGUCAUGCAUGCGAGGUCUGCCAGCGCAUCAAGUGGUGGCCCGAGACGCCAGGAGAGGAACAUGAACCCCACCCCAUCUUGCUUGUCUUUGUCGCAUCAUCCCGAGCUUUGGCUUAUAUACAGGAGAACUAACAUUUUUGGUUGGACAGAUCCAACGACGCGAAGUGGAAAAGGAUUCAACGGUCUCUAAUUUCUGGAGAACUCAAGGCACCGACCUGUUUCGUCCAAAAGAACAAGGACAAGCCAACUCUUGCCCUACCCGCUCUCCCGCUGUGCAGCCGGUAGACCAGCCCGGACCACGGAGCCCUCGAUCGGCUAGAAGCAACUGAACCCACGCCGCCUCGCCUCCGCCUUGUACGGUAGCAGCCUCGACAUACCUGGCCCGCCUCUUGUCGAACCCACACACUCUCGCCGCCCUCACGUGGCUGUCAUUCUGACCCCAGGCUCAGCCACCCACCUCGUCCGCCCCGCGACUACAU